AUAAAAACACUGCCAACUAGAGGGUUGGCAUGUACAUUACAUUCUUUCCAUUGUCGUAGUUCAGCUCCCAAACACUCACGGAAAUUAACAAAAAAAAAAAAAAACAAAUAAAUAAAUAAAUAGAAAUGUACUACAGUAUCGGUCUCCAAUAUUUCCCAACGUACUGUUAGACGCCAACCGUUAAACCCUUCUCGUGUGUGGCUUUGUGUAGCUCCCCGGCGGCUCCGCCCCUCUCACUCAGAUGUGCAUGCCCACCUCCCACCCCACUCCCAAAAAAGAAGAAAAAAAAACGGAAGAAAAGAAAGGGGUCCAGCAUUACCAGCAGCAACUAUGUGACAGACAGACAACGCGGAUCCUCGGCUCUGCUCGCAGGUAUCCGCGGAGGCACAACCGAAUCACCACCACCACCUCCACCUCUCUCCGGACGAUCGUGGCAGCAUUCCGGCAGCGCUUCUGAGGCACUCCAGCUGACGUCUUGGCUGACCCUGACCCACCUCCCUCUCCCCGCCCCCACCCCCCACUCCAGCUGCAGGGCGUUGUUGUCGGUGAGCCUCAGUAAUGAAGUCCAGCAUGUGGCAGUGGAGGAGGCUCGUGUUGGUGGGAAUGCUGGCCUGGGUUCUCAUCUUUCUGGCCCUUUUCUCCUACUUCCUGGAUGCCCGCGUUAACAAGUCGCCGACCUCCGUUGGCUCCCUGUUUUCCCAGCACCCCGAUACCCGCCGCCUAGCUUCCAUCCAGGCCUCCCAUCAGCAGAACCCCGUCGUACUAUCCAGCUCGACCCCCACCUUGCUGGACCCCGAGUCUCACACCACCUCUGUGGUCUCCAGCAGCAGCGCGGCCUUUGCCAACUAUGGCAGCCAGGAGGUCGGUCGGCAAGACUACAUGGACCCCCAGACUCUGGCGGCCUGGUCUUCCUUUGGCACAGAGAAUGUGGGCUCUCACUCUGACCCGGUGGUCCAAAGUCGUGAAAUGACUUCCCAUACUACGGAGCAUCACGACCGCCUGAGCAGAGCACAGCCCCAUGGAGGAGAGGAGGAGGACGACGAAGAUGAGCGAGAAAACGCGGAUGAACUGAAGACAAACAGAGUAAGAACCGAAGGUGUCAGGGCGGCUGGUGAUGCCUCCUUUAACCUGGAGGAGAACUACUCAUCCAAGUCGGCAUUGCUGUUGAAGCGCCUGUGGCAGGGCCGCUUGUCCGCCGACAUGCUGGACCCGAGGCUGCAGCAAGCCCGGAAUGAGUACAUGAAGACCAACAAACACAACGUGGCCUACAAGGGGCCCCGCCGAGCCUCUCAAAGUGCCAAGCAGCUGCUGUGUCAGAUGAAGACUCAGGCCCAGCUCAGCACCGUAGAUGGAUCGGAGAAGCCCUUCUCUUCAUUAGGAUGGGCCCGUCUCGUGCCGUCCCUCCCAUUGGAGCAGCUGCAAGGUGGGAGUAGCUUCAAGACCUGUGCCGUGGUCGCCUCUGCCGGCGCCAUCCUACGAUCGAGACUGGGCAAAGAGAUUGAUGCUCAUGACGCCGUGUUGAGGUUCAACGCGGCGCCCACCGAGGGCUAUGAGAAAGACGUGGGCAGCAAGACCACCAUACGCAUCAUCAACUCAAUGGUUAUGGCAAGUCCAAAGCGUCACUUCCAGACCAGUUCUCUUUACAAGAAUGUAACCUUGGUGGCAUGGGACCCUGCGCCUUACACUCUCAACCUUCACAAGUGGUACACCAGUCCAGACUACGACCUGUUUCGCCCAUACGUGGAACACCGCAAGUUGCAUCCCGACCAGCCCUUCUACAUCCUCCAUCCCAGAUAUAUUUGGGGCCUCUGGGAUGUGAUUCAGGGCAAUACUCAGGUGAACAUCCAGCCCAAUCCUCCGUCAUCCGGCUUCACAGGGAUCCUCCUGAUGAUGGCGCUGUGCGAGCAGGUGCACGUGUACGAGUACAUCCCAUCCAUGAGGAAGACGGACCUAUGUCAUUACUACGAGCGUUACUUUGACAUGGCCUGCACUCUGGGCGCCUACCACCCCCUCUUGUAUGAGAAGAGCCUCAUCAUGCGGAUCAACAGCGGCUCAGAGGAAGACCUGCGCAGAAAGGGACGGGUCACGCUCCCCGGCUUCCGCACCUUUGACUGUGACAUCUGAACAUAUGCGAGCUGAACCACUGAGCCUACUUGAUGUAACUUUGACCUUUUCUGGGCCCACUUAGGGUGCCGUGCAAUAAAGCCACUGGAGACGACGAGGCUGCGAUGGAGAGAUGGGGGUGGGGGUAGGCUUACAAGUUUUGGAUUAGUUUGUCGAAAAACACAAGCCAUAGACCUUCAGGGUGGUGGGGGAUCAACAGAGAGGCUUUGGGGAGAGCUUGUUUUCAUCAAGAUGUUCUUUGGGACUACAGGCUGCCGAAGGUGGGGGGGAAAAAUGCCCUCGUGACAGCUUUGAAAAAGACAUAUCUUUCUGCUUUAGCUGAGCCAUGUUAGCUAAGGAGCUGACUUGGCGUAGCCACAAAUUUUAAAGAGUUUUUGGGGAAUUUUCAACAGUGGUUUAAUUGGUGUUGUGUCUUUUUUAAUAGUCUGUGUGGUUAUCCACUUCAACACUGAUGCUCGCGGUCUAACCCGUUUUGUACUCAUCUGAAGUCAUCUGGCAAGUUGUUAUUUGCCUUUCGGGAAGUGUAAACAACUAGUUCCGUCCCCCGUUUGCCUGAUAAAACGACUUGCGGAUUCUCCCCCUAUACCUCCAGGACAUCCAGAACCGGCAGUUGCCUCCCUAGUUUAGUUGAUGUGUUAGAUGGGUGUCAAAGUAGUGCUGAAGGAUUGUCGGUUGGUGGAUAGGUAAUGGGGAAAAUAUUUUCAAUCGUGCAUUAAUUUCUGUACAUUCUUACAUAAACGUACAUCUCAAACUUGGUAACUUGUUUCAUAUUCGACGAAUGACUGUUGAACAUGUUUGUGGUUGGGGACUUGGUUCCUGUUUGACCGAAUCAGAGGAUGACAAAGUUAGACGGGAACAGCUACGAUUUACCUGUGUAUAAAAGUGAAGCUCAGCGAAGGAUACUUUGAACUUUGAACUGGAUUGCUGCUUUGGCUGAAUGGUUGUUGAUACUUCUAGCAAGAAUAUAAAAUCAUAUUUAAAGCUUAUCCUAAAUGUUCUUGAAGUAAUUUGAACUAGCAGUAGGGUAGGACAGGCAGGUAGAUAGGCAAGUUGGUUAAGGUAUACUGUAGGUUAGAAAAGUAGAGUAGGCUAUGAAAGUGUCGGGAUAGGUAAAGCAGGAUACACACAUACUGACAAUCAGACCAUAUUUGCGCCUUUUCUUUCUGAUUAAAAUCGGCAAUGGCUGGAAUUUCAGAUGUGUCCCCAAAAAAAAAAAAAAAAAAGAUCCUGGGUGACUCUCCUGUCGUGUGGCUGGGAUCAAAUGACAUUUUUGUCUUCCCAAUCUGCACAAUCACCCAGUCGUGAAUGUGAAACAAGUUGAACUCAUUCACUCCCAAAGACGGUUUUAAACGUCUUUUCAGACUUGGUCCAGAAUUGGCUGGUACUGAAUGAGUUAAUAUUUCCGAUAGCAAAUCCUUAUGAGUGUUGUCAACACAACGGUAGAGUCACAGACGCCAUGAUUGUGACUUCUUCGAUUUCUUCUUUGUGUGUUCCGGAAGUUCAGAUAUCUUGUGGUACUAUGCUGCCUUUCACAGGUCAGUAUUGGCACUACAACAGACACCUGCUUUGGGGAGGAGACUCAACGUUAUGUUUGGUGUGCUGUUUUGGUCAUAUACACCACAAACUAUGAAGUGUAUCCGAAAAGAUACAUUU